GGACAGACCCGCCCCCAGCAUUACGUCACUGCAGCGCGACUCGGCGGUAGGCGGGUUUUUAGUGGAGAGCAGAAUCGAGAGAAAGAGACCAUGUAAAACACUGUUGAGUGGAUUUAAGGUAUUUACAGCCGUGUCAUUGUGGAUUUGAGAUGAAACAGCGCUGAAAGACUCAAAGUUUCCUCCGUCGGAGUUUUGCGGGUGAUCGUGAUGGAGAAGUGUCUGUGGUGCACCACCUCCCUGGAGGCAGAGGGUGACGCAGCGAUAGUCGCCAUGCUGCGUCGCUACAGCUCAGUACGGCUGUCUGAGAGAGAGAUGGACUCUCUGAAUGAAGACCUCGGCUGCUGUCUGGAGUGUGUGGUGGAGUACCAUCGAGCCAGAGACAAGGUCCCUGAUCUGCACAAGCAUUUGUGGGAAAUGGAGAAGGCUCGACUCGUGCAUUUGUUGGGAGCCAUUCUGGACAAGGAGCUGGAGGAGGACGAUAUCUUUAUUAUCGAAGAUGAUCACGUGGAGCCGGUGUCGAAGAUCUUGCCUGCAGAAUUCCACGACCGUCUCCGUUCUCCACUGUUUGAAGUUCUGAAGUAUCCGUACUUGCUUUGCUACCGUGAUCUGUGUGAUUUGGUGGUAAAGGCCUUGUGUAAGUUGCAGGAUAUGAAGCAGUCUUUGUCUGUGUUCGAGAAGUAUCAAGGAAUAUAUCUGCUUCUCGUUCAUCCCAACGAACAGGUGCGCCGCUGGGCAAUCGAUACAGCAAAGACCAUGAAGAGUGUGGACAGGGACGCCUACUAUGACCUUCAAGAGAUUUUCUCCUGCAUGUUUUAUGUCAUUGAGCUUGGAAUGUCUUUGAACUUUCCAGAUUUGGAUCAAGAGUCUUAUGCAGGGGGCGUCAUACAAACGCUCCCCUCUCACCUCUAUGACUCGCAAAACAAGAAGAACUACUGGCUAGGUAUCUGUAUGUUACUAACGCAGCUCAGUGCGGAGGCAAUGGACUCUCUGUUCAUGGGACAGAUUAACAUACCGCUUUGCAUACUCAACACAAUGGAUGGGUUGAAAAAUGAGGAUAACCCAGCUUCUGACCCAUUCUGGCCAGCCCUCCACUGUUUUAUGGUAAUUCUGGACCGACUUGGUUCUAAGAUCUGGGGUCAGGUUGACCCUAAUACAGCAUUCCAGACAAUCACCGGAGCAGCCAGCUAUGUUGCGGAAAUUAGAAGCAUCCGGCAAAAAACCAUGGGCGGGAUGGUUAAAGUGGAACCUGAAUAUGAUGACAAUAUGGUGACCUGCAGUCAGAUGGUGUAUGACUGUUAUGCCUCAGAAAAACCAAACCAAGCAUCUGGUUCGUCAUCCAACAGUGGUGUUUCCAGCAACUAUGUGAUCUAUGAGGAUAUGCAGUCCCUGAUCACCGUGCUUGAUUCUGAAAUGGGCCAGAGCAUGCGUGUAUACGGAAGCACUUUUCUGUGGUUCAUUCCAUUUGUCCGUUCCAUAAUGGAACUUCCAGAGCUCAACGCUUCCUAUAUUAGUGAAGUCAUCCACUAUCUUUGUGAUAAGAUACGAGAAAAUCGCCACAUGCUAACCGGACAGACGAGUGUGUGCGAUAAAGUGACCGAGUUCUUCACUCGUAUCCUUAUUCAAACUGUUAAGCUACACUCUACUGAAGGACGAAUGGGAAUACUUUCUCGCUGUGCCCACAAGUGGGUGGGAGAGAUUGUCUUGUGCAUCAUCCAAUCAGAUGAAACUCAUGGACCACCAGAGAGGAUGGGUGGGAUUCACGGAGUCAGUUCAACCUCAUACAACCUUGGGAUAGUUGGAAGACUGCCUGCAUCUGGACGAGGCAAUGGUGCCAUAAUUGCUGACUGCAUGAAACUGAUUCGACUGCUGCUAAAAGAAGGGAUAAGGAGAUCUGUCCCAAGCGCGACCCACUUUUUGAAUUUGCUUAGCAAGCAGUUGCGUGGAGUUACAAACAAACGAUGGAAUCUAACACGUUCUGAAUCUAAUGAGCUUCAGAAGUGUUUGUUAAGAGUUGUCCGGUCAAUGCCAGAAAGACCUGCUUCUCCACUCUCUGUUUUUCCACCACCAUGUGCACCAUCAGUGGAGGCAGCUACAAAUACUGUUAUUUCCAGAAAUUCAGUGCCAACCCUAAAUCAGAAACAACAUGAGGACCAGGAGGCAGGUCCGAGCAGAGCAGGAGAUGAAUCUGGUUUUAUCAAAGACGAGUCAAUUUGGAAUUAUAGAAAUUGGAACUUGGAUGAGGAUUUGUGCAGCGGUCUUGAGGAUAUCAUAAAGGCUAAGAAGGAAACACUUGACCCAGUGUCAAUUUCACAGCUGAGUCCAGUUGUUCAGUUGGAACGCAUUAAACCAGAUCUGGGAAGAGUGCAGGAAAAUCAAUCCAGAUUAAAUGAUAACCAGAAUUUGUCAAAGAUCAAAGCCAUUGCCAAACAAAAGCCUAGUGAGUCCUUAAAAUCAGCUAAAGAGGAAUGUGGUUUUGGAGCUGUUGAGGAGGAGGAGGAUGACGAUGAACCCCUUGAUAUUAAACUGGUUCGUCUGACAAAAUCUAUCCUCAAAGUUGAAUCUAGCGACUCCGAAGUUGACAGUAGGGCUGUUGGAAAAACUUGUAACCGGUCCAUGGGCACCUCAAAGGAAAAUGUGGAGUCCAGUACCAUUGUUAUCUCUGAUGAUGAUUCUGAUAAUGAUGAAAGGCCAAAUGACAUCCUGAGGUCUCCAGAAGUUUGUGUCUUGUCUGAGAGUCCCGGUCGUGAUUAUGAUGAUCUCAGUGAAUCACAGGUCUUUGAGUUUGAGACCCAGCAAUAUGUGGCGUCUGCCUGGGAUGAUUCCGAUUUUGAUGCGUCAGACUUGACGAAGAAGCCCAAAUCGGACCAACUACUCAAACCACAGGUGGAUGAAGCUCCUCAUGAAGCAUCUCCAUCAAGUUCAGAGACCGAACUAAUUCCAGAUGAAGACAUUGAGAGGGCUUGUCAGCAAGCAGAAGAUAAGAUCAGAGAACAGCAUCAGCCACAAGAGCCAGUGGAUUCAUGUGCAUCGUCACUGUCCAAAGCAUCCAGUACUGCAGAAAGCUGGGAUACAUUUGCCAAACCAAAACUGGUUAAAAGCACAAAAACAACUCCAUCUGAUAAGAAGCAGCCUAAAAAGCCAUUGAUAAUUAAUGCCCAUGCUCAAAAAAUCAGACGCCACCAUUUGAAACGCAGCUCCACAUCUCAGGACGUAGAGGAACCUUCCUCUUCAACUACUCCAUCCUCAUGUGGUAUAUCAUCUUCCUCUCCAUCCUGCAGCUCUGUUUCCUCACCUUAUUUUUCUGCCCCCAGUUCAAGUGAUACCCCUGCAAUUGUUCCCCCAAAGAAGGUGCGUAAGGUUGCUGAGCCAGAAUCAAAAGCAGAGCGUUUGGGAUUAAAAAAGAAGGAAAGGAAAGCUUUUGAACUUUCUCAGCGCUCCCUGGAUUGUGUUGCUAAACUGAGGUGUCAUGGUCAGAAAGUGCAGGUGGAACCACAACAGAAGACAAGGCGAGUGCGUCAAGCCACUAAGACUUCUUCACAGAAACGCAUCGUAAAAGGCAACAAGAAACUUCUGGGAUCACAAGAUAUUCAGUUUUUCAAGCAAAGUCGUGAGAAGCAUCAGAGGCCAGCAACAGGAGCCAUCAUGACAUUAGCUCCCAAACCAACAAAGAUCAAUCAGCCAGGUGAAGUGCACUUACCGAAACUUACAGUUGCAAGCAGCGGGUCUGGUGAUAUCUUUCCCUGUCCUCAGCCAGAUCCUGACCAUCAGCGGGAUAAUGAAAAGGCUUCAUCAGGAACCAAUUCUACAGGUGAUGGGGCUGGAAAUAAUAAGAGAAUAGAAUCCAAGUAUUUCCAAGCCAGUGAGACUGCUGAUGUCAACAUGGAAAAAGAAAAACCUACUCAGGAGGAUGAUGAAGAAUGGAUGUUCCUCACUCAGAUGGAACCCACCGACAUGGAACUGUGCUCUCAAAUGGAGCAGUUUGAUGAAGAAAAUGAGGAAGAACUCUUUCUUACCCAGAGAGAUCCUAUUGACAUGGACAUUGAUACAGAUAGUGAGUCAGAUACCCCAGGGCCAAGCUUGACACCUAAACCUAUUCAGACUCCUAUUGGUGGAAAUGAUGAUCAUUUGUUCGUGAAGCCUGGCAUGUCACCUAUGUCUCAGAAAAAGACCAAACCUUCUACCACAAAAAUAUACACCCCCAGCUCCCGCAGUGCCUCGCUUGUCCUUGAAAUGGAAAAAGAAGCCAAGCCUCCUCCUGCUGCGAAUGUUGCGAAAGCGAAGAUUCCCCGACUGCCUCCAGCAAUGCCACCUCCAAAAACAUUUCAACCUCUCCAUCCUCCACAACUCCCAAAGCCACUUCCUUCACAACAUGCUCCAUAUGCUCCCGAGUUGGUCACUAGUUCUAAAAUAAGCUCCACCUCAGAGCCACCAUCUUACAAGGUAUACCAAAGACCUGAGGCUCCAGUUAACAAACCAGUACCCACGAUGGAUCAAAGCCCGAUGUUUGACCUUUCAAUCUUGACCCAAGCAAUCCUUAAAUGGGAAUAUAGGAUGCUUGACAAUUACAAAGCAUUUGGGAGUCCACAUGAUCUGUGCCAACUACCGCUGAAGAAAGUGCCAGUUCAGUUUCCUAGCUACCUGGAGUACUUCAACACGUUUUACCCCCUGCUGCUAAUUAAUGCAUUUGAAGAGAUGGCGAGUGAAUGGCUCAAAGAGGGCAGAGUCAAGCUUAACCUAACAGUCCAGGGUAUAGAAUACAGCAAUCGCACAGCUAGUGCCAGCUUCACAGCAAACAUUUCUCAGGAAACUGAUAUAAAACAACUGUACCCAAAAGAAGAUGACCUUGUGCUACUUUGGUUGCCUGACAACACUGGGUCAUAUGCCCACGAUGAACCUAGUUUCCAUGAACCACAUCCUCAUUUUGGCUAUGUGUCUCGGUCCAGCGUUUCCAACAGAGGUUCCAGGCCAAUUCUAAACUUGACGAUUCAGACACGUAGUAAUAUAUCUUCGGGAAAUUCCCAACCUGUGCUCUGUGAAGUUAUUGGAUCAUUGAUCAGCAUAUUCCGGGAGUUCCGUGCGCUGUGUUUGCUGCGGAAUGGACCAAUGUUGCGUCCUCUUCUUGCUCCACAUGUGUCUUAUUUCACGCACACUCUGGAUAGCCCACCGGACCUGGAUUCACCAGAGUUCAACAGGGACCAAGCAAGAGCAAUAGCUUGCGGUCUUGCUAUGAUAAACAGAACACAGAAGACCCCAAAAUUUCUCCUUAUCCAUGGUCCUCCAGGAACCGGGAAAAGUAAAGCAAUUGGUGGCCUGUUGUACAAACUACUAUCUUCGGAUACUAACAGGGCUGCUCCUUCGGGGAACCUUCACUCCAAGUCUCGACGGACACGAGUUCUUCUCUGUGCUCCCUCUAACGCUGCCAUCGACAGUCUGAUGAAGAAAGUAAUUUUGAUCUUUAAAGAGAAAUGCCAAAACAUCAACGCACCUCAAGGUAACUGCGGUGACAUAAACCUGGUACGAUUGGGAAGUGAAAGGACCAUCUCGAAGUCAUUAAAACCUUUCAGCCUCGACCACCAGACUAAAGCUAGAGCACAGCGAGCUCAGCAAACUGCAGAAGCUGACAUACACAGGCGGAAAGAGCAACUGGAACAAAUUGUUGAAAAUCUCUCCCAGCGAUGUGCAAAAACCAAUAAGGAUUCUUUUGAGUUCAAGACGUUGAUGGAGCAGAAGAAGCAGCUUCUGAAAGAGAGAGAAGGACUGAGUCGGCAGAUUAAAGCGUGUCGCAGCAGGCGACAGGAGAGUCAAGCUCUUGUGCUGCAAAACGCUCAUGUGAUCUGCUGCACGCUCAGCACCAGUGGAAGUAUUGUCCUCGAGAAUGCCUUCCGUCGUCUCGGACAUGAACCAUUUAGCUGCGUCAUCAUUGAUGAGGCUAGUCAGGCUAAAGAAACUGAGACUCUGAUCCCCAUGCUGUACCGAAGUGCUGCUGUAAUCCUUGUCGGUGAUCCCAACCAGCUUCCACCAACAGUUGUCUCUCAGAAAGCAAAGGAGUUUGGCUACGACCAGUCUCUUAUGGCACGGUUAUGCAAAAGCCUUUAUCAGUCAAACCCGCGACUCUCUCCAAUCCUCCUGCUCAGCGUGCAGUACCGCAUGCACCCGGACAUCUGUGAAUUCCCCUCCAAGUACAUCUACAACAGCGCUCUUAAGGAUGACUGGCAGGGGCAGUGCAGGCAGUAUGAUCAGGAGCAGACACCUAUAACGGAGUCUGAAUUAAGACUCCUCAGGUCACUGAGAGGACCGUGCUUGUGUGAGACCGCUCAGAAACGCUGUUCCCUCAGCUGGCCCUUCAAGCCCUACAAAGUGUUCGACGUGACGGAUGGGAUAGAGAAGAAGGAGAGAGAUUCAUUUUCCAAUCACAAAGAAGUCAAGCUGGUCUUGCUGCUGUUGAAGCUGCUGGGCGAGAAGCAGUCAGUGCGAGUGGGCGUCAUCACACCCUACAAUGCUCAGAAACGACGCAUACUGGAUGCCGUCAGGGGUUCAGGCAUCAACAACAAGCAACUUCAGGUUGAAGUCGAUACAGUCGAUGGCUUUCAGGGCAGAGAAAUGGACUGCAUCAUUGUGUCUUGUGUGAGAGCCAGCAGUGAAAUGGGCUCCAUUGGGUUUGUUGGAAAUCGGCAGAGAAUGAAUGUGACCAUCACCAGAGCCAGAUUUAGUCUCUUUAUACUGGGACAUAUACGCACACUCAGGGAACAAAGUGAUUGGGGAGCAUUGAUUGAGGAUGCUUGGAUACGUAAAACUAUCAUCAAAACAAUGCAAAACGAUUUUGAAAGGGACGCCCAGCAGAUUCUUAAACAAGAACGAGAGCCGCCGACCCGCAGUCUCUCUUAUCCCCCAGUCGGGAAACCAAGCCCUGUGGCCUCACCUGUUACACAUGCACCUGUGGAAACGGACCCCGCCCCUGCGCCCCACCCUCAACGUGACACGAGCAACGUGCCUAUGCCACGGCUAAUACCCUUGGAAUGCCCUAAUAACCCACAGAUGAGCGACAGGCCCACAGACCCACGGUUUGCAGAGCGCCGGCCAAUCAGAGAACAGAGACCGGACAGAGAUGGGCGGGGCUUACCAGAGUCCCGCCACUCAACAAACAGAUCUAAUUCAUAUGAAGCCGACUCUAGAAGUCCUGGCCAGUCUUCCAGAUACUCUUCAAAACACCGCAGUUCUUCACCGUCAAGACGACACAGGAGAUAAAUGAAUUAUCCCUGUUUUUAUGUCAUUAAAGCUUCACAGCAAUGCAUUCAGGGAGAGAUUUUUCUUCAUGUCCUCUUCUCCAUGUUUUGAGAACACACAAUGUACAAGGGUCGUCGUUAAACGUCUCUUUCUCAGGCAUUGGCUUAACAAUUAUCUUGACAAAUUAGUUUGAUGGCAGGGCUUACUGCUUACCUAAUCUCUUUCUAAGCAUAUUUUGCUUCUAAAUGAACAAUAAAGAACUAUUUUAUGCAUGAAGAGGGAUGUUUUGUUCUGUACAACAGGCUUUGGGUUUUUGGACCUUGUGCUUGUCUCCAAAAAAUAUAUAUUAAUGCAAUAACUGCACUUUCUAAAGCAGUCGGACUUGCUCAAAAAUAAAAAAAUGUUGGUGUUUGAGGCUGUAUAGUUUCACUUAUUUGAAUGUCACAUUGAUUUAAAGAUUUUUGCAGGGAUGGAUUCAGUGUGUAAAUGUGUUGUGCAUGAAUGCAGUGCCGUUUGUGUUUCACUGGUUGUUUUAUACUGACUUUUGACAUACUGAAUUAUUUUUGAUUGAGCCGACUGUUAGAAUUGUUUUUUCUUUUUUCGGUUAACUUUGAUUAUAGUCACUAUUAUUCUGGAGGAGGUGUUAAAGAAGGCCAA